AUGCGUUCCGACUAUGAUGUCAGUAACCUCAUGUACGGUGCCCAGGAGGCGGCCGAACUCGACUCUUAUCAAGGCGAGCCUAAACCCCGCCUGAAACCCCUGCUUCUAGAUACUGUCAUGCAAGGUCGGCCUCCUGUGUCCAGCUGCCGGUUGCUUCAGAUGCCCAACGAGAUCUUGGCCAAGAUCGUCAGCUUUGUCGCUGAAGACGAGGAAGCCUUGCAAGAGCUUGCCCGCGUCAAUUCUGACUGCUGCGGGCUUUCUCGUGCCUGCCAAUUCUCCGAGUUCGAAUUCGACUACAGUCCCAAUAAGAUCAGGCUUCUACUCAAUCUUGCCCAGGGGAUGCUUGGGGGCUGCAGUGUCCCCGGUAUUCCAGACUGUGUACGGAAAUUCACCUUCAAACCUGACGCAUACCAGGUUCGCGAUAUUCACCCUAGCGUUUGGCGCAGGUUCCAACAAGAUCCCGGUGAAGAGUACGGAGGAACUGCUGAAAUCAAGGAACAAGGCGCAAGGCUCCUCAAACAUAUCCAACAUUCCGUGGCACUCAAUUUCAAGGCCAUGCGCAACCUCGAGACACUUGUUUGGGAUUGCAAUUUCCCAGUUGAUAAAGACACCUUUUUGCUCUUGGCCUCCUCCACAGCCCAUAACCUUCUCAUCAACGACACCCUUCUCGCUGAGAGUUUUUCUCUGGAGCCUCUCUGA